UGGAUUUUAAUGCUCGUGACGGUCGAUACUUUAUAUUUAAGUCAACCGUUUCAAAUCUCGUGUGUUUUGGUGACUUUUGCCAAAUGUAUGUUGCAAAUUUGUCCGUUUUAACCAUACUGACAAUAGGCUACACUGCACAUACAGGCACCCAUUUGUUCGGGUAAUUCUUUAAGUAGCCUAGUCUGAAGGACGUAAACUAAAACUGCCCUUAUAAUCUACCUUACAAUGUUUGAUUUUAGUAAGUAAAGUUCCGUUUCCACUAGUGUUUUAAGGUAGGCUUUUUUCUUCCAAGACCACACAAUUUGAAUGAGCGGGUUUUGCAUUUUUACGCAUGAUCUGAGAAAAUUGGCUUUUGGAUAUUUUACUUCUGGAGUGUAAUAACUGUGUCUCUCGGAGAUGUUAUGUCGACGAUACAGUUGUUGAUUAUUUUCGUUCUUUUGAUUUUUAUCAUGACAUUCAGCAAAUAAAUAAAUAAUCAUUCCUUGUUGAUGUGUAGUGUGUUACGCUACAUUUAAUAGCACCGAUGAGAAAGCCAAAAUGUAAUGGAGCCAACGCGACUCCGUGAUCCUGUUCGUGUACACGUGCGCGCGUGCAUGUUUUGUGUUGGGGUGGGCGCUGCAGAGGUGAAGGAAUGGAAUGUUUAUUUGACUUUGGGCUUAAAUAAGUUCGUGGGAACCUUAUGAAGGUACAAAUGAUCCCGUAUGCUGCAAUGCAUGAAGGUCAUUUCUGAGCAGCUGUGGGUCUCUGUCACUGACACGCUGAGCAAUGGCUCUACACCCAGGCCUCAAGCCCCUGGCACCGACGUUCCAUCGGAAAGAGAGAGCGGAAUCGUUCCAGGUAUCAUAGCAGCAGCAGUGUUUAUCAGCUUCCUGUUGGCCCUGUAUGCUGUUCUGUGGAAAUGCAUGGUGGCUGCGCCUAAGAGUUUCAGGCAGGAGGAGAAGAAGAAGAGGAGAGAGAGAGCUCGUGCACAGAGGGGUCAUGUGUGUUGAAGGUCAGGACCACGUCAGAAGGGGCACAGUUUGGGAUUUUGGGAUGAGGUCACGGCGAGAGCCUGGCUGCUGGUUCGCCGUGGUGCUGGAGCUCGCCGGUUUGAUGGACAGAGGCCCGGGGUGGGCGGAGCUUUGAAUCCUCCUGCUCUGAAGUCCGUAUGGCAGCUUAAGGCUGCUGCCUUCUGGGACAGCCUGUCCUCCAGGACACACAUCCAAUGAGGAGGGGGACCCUGUCCAACUGUUCACAAACUACUGGAACUUGCACAAGAGCAUUUUAGCAAUGUGGAUUAAACGUGACAUUUCCUGCAAAUUUAUCAAAUACCAUAGAUGGAACAAAGGUUUGCCCACGUGCAUGGCACUCAUGGGAAUUCGUGUGUAUAUAUGUACCUCUUUGUUGCUGAAACUUACAUCUGUAUUGUUGCAGGGAUUUGGAAAAAAAAAAAACUUUUUAUAUAAUUCCACAUAUGGAACAAAGAUUUGCAAAUGUGAAUGCGUUCGUUGAAAUUUUUGACUGUGGCUCAGGGAUUCUGAGGAGCAUGUAAAAUUUUUUAAGAUGCUAAGAGUGUACCUCUGUUCUAGGAUGAAGGAGUUGCCAACUUUUGUAUCAGAGUUUUCCCACAGGGAAGAUAGGAGCAAUACAAAUUAGGAUGUUCAAGGAUAGCCAGGAUAUUAAUAUCCAGAGAAUGAUCUCAUAUGGGUUUUGUGGGGUACUCAUGUUGAAAGGUUGGUUUGUUAUAAUGCACCUGCAUUCAUCCUAGAAGUUUAUUUUAUUGUAUCGUGUGGUGUGCAUGCUGUUUCAGUAUGAACGUGUAAAUGAAACUACCAAACUUUAAGUGUAAUCAGACUGCAGAUUUGACAUGACAUGCCUGAUGCCAAAUAAAAUUGACUACUGUUUUUUUGUGUCAGUGGAGUAGCA